AUGGCUACCACCAACGUCGUCUGCGACGGCGGAGAUGUUGACGGUUGCGGUGGCGAGAGAAGCUUGGAUCUUUUACCGGCGGCUCUGUUGGAGACUAUCAUGACGAAACUAGACGUUGCGUCUCUAUGCUCGAUAGCAUCCACUUGCAGAACACUCAGAAGCUGCGUCACUCGUGUCCUCACUUUCACUCCCAACUUCCACGUCUUCAAUGUUUCACUUUCAAUGGAAACUGUUAGGCCAUUGUUGUUUCCGAAUCAGAAACUUUCAAGCCUCAAGCUUGACUGUGGACGGCUAGGGAAUUCAGCAAUCGACAUUCUAGUACGACCUUCUCUGAGGGAGAUCUCUCUUCAGAACUGUCGAGAUUUCAGCGGUGAUCUGAUCUCUGAAAUUGGAAGGAAAUGCAAAGAUUUAAGGCUCCUCUGUUUAGGUUCUGUGGCAGAGAAAGUUGGUCGAACCAUUAACCGUUGUGCUUUAGAGGAUUUACUCAAUGGUUGCUCCCAUUUAGAGGUCUUAGCACUCAUGUUUGACCUCUCGUUGUACCUGCGUCCUAGUGAUGGUCGAAUUUUUGGAUUGGUAUCUGAUAAACUAACCCAUCUGGAGCUUGGACACAUCUCAUCAAGAAUGAUGACUCAACUUCUCACAUCAACCGAAACGUCAGGGCAAGUCAGCAACAAGCCGGUUACAUCUACCGUGCUCCAAAACGUCCAGCAGUUGCGUCUCUCAGUUGAUUGUAUCGACGAUGCUGUGGUGAAGGCGAUAUCUAAGUCUCUUACAUCUUUGAUAGAUUUGGAUCUAAGAGAUGCGCCGAUUGAGGAUCCAAGACAAGUAUCUGACCUCACAGAUUUCGGUCUUCAAGAGAUCAAUCAAAACGGUAAGCUCAAGCACCUCUCUCUUAUCCGUAGCCAGGAGUUUCACUCAACUUACUUCCGGCGAGUUAGUGAUCAAGGAAUGCUUUUUCUUGCUGACAAAUGCUUGAGGAUCGAAAGCAUCUGUCUCGGCGGGUUUUGUCGGGUGACAGAUGCUGGUUUCAAGACUGUUCUCCACUCUUGCGCUAACCUCUCCAAGUUUAGCGUAUACCAUGGAUAUAAACUCACGGAUCUUGUUUUCCAUGACAUCUUAGCGACUACUCUUUCGCUUAGUCACGUUAGCUUAAGACUGUGCCAUCUUCUAACGGACCACGCGGUUCAAAAGCUGGCGUCGAAUCUUGCUCUGGAGAGUCUUGAUCUAAGAGGGUGCAGAAACCUCAGGGAUGAAGCUUUGGAAGCCAUCUCUCAUCUGCCGAAACUGAAAGUGUUGCUUCUUGAUGGCACUGACGUAAGCGACAAGGGGCUCUCAUAUCUUAAAGAAGGAGUUUGGGGUUCUCUGGUUUCUUUGUCAGUCAGAGGUUGCAGAAAGUUAACAGACAAAUUCAUGACUACUUUAUUUGACGGAUCCUCGAAGCUAGCUCUGCGUGAGCUCGACUUGUCUAAUCUUCGUAACCUGACCGAUGCUGCCAUUUUCGCGCUAGCGAAGUCUGGAGCUCCGAUCACAAAACUCCAGCUGAGAGAAUGCAGACUCAUAGGGGAUCCUUCGGUGAUGGCGCUUGCAUCUACACGGGUUUACGAAGACGAAUGUCCUGGAAGCAGCUUGUGUUUGUUGGAUCUUUAUGACUGCGGUGGCAUCACUCAGCUCUCGUUCAAAUGGCUGAAGAAACCGUUCUUCCCGAGGCUUAAAUGGUUAGGGAUCACAGGAAGUGUGAACAGAGAUAUUGUAGAUGCUUUGGCAAGGAGACGACCGCAUUUGCAAGUCUCUUGCCGCGGUGAAGAGCUGGGGAAUGAUGGAGAAGACGAUUGGGACUCUGCAGAUAUACACCAACACAGUGAAGCACAAGAAGAUGAGCUUGAACAGUGGAUUCUAGGAGACGAAGGUGUUGAAAUGGAGGAUGCACAAGAUGAGAGUGAUGAAGACGCAAGUGAAGAAGACUGA